AGCAUGACUUGCAUGAGUGUAUAUACAUUGUUGACAUCAGUAGCCGAUGCAUACAUAGUUUAGCUCUUUGCUUGCAUAGAUUUGUCAUUUUAGCUAACAAUUCACAGAUUACGCCCCGAUUAACUUCGAAUCAAGAGCAGCUCAUUCUAGAGAAAGUGCUACAAAUUUUCAAUUUCCAUUGCAAAUGAGGAGGGAUUCUGUACUUGCUCGUUGCCAUUCGCUUCAUCGAAUUAAUGUGUAAUUGAAAGCAUACGCCCGCAUUUUUCGCCUGGGGUUUUUUGAUUUCAGCAUGUCAGCUGCUUCGAGGGGUAGAGUUACCAUUACACUCGGCCGUAGCGGACAGGUAGUAAAAAAGGCUGGACCAGGAACUGAUGUUUCUGUUUCUGAUUCUUUGCUCGUUUCUGGAAGUAAGAGAUCUGUGAGAGAUAGAUUGGGAAAUAACCCUGAUAGUGAUCUGUUUUAUGGAAGCCAACUUAAUAACAAACGAUCACGAGGGGAUGGUAUGUCAAAUUGGAGUUCUAAUGGGUUGGGCGUAUCACACAUUGGUAAAGAUGACCUUCGGUAUAAACUCUUGCAAAAAGAUGCAUCUAGACGUGCUCAAAGUGACAAUAAGAGGUGUGUAGACCUUCGGGAGAAGCUACCUAAGGCAGAUCAAACUCCUAUUCGACAUCUUGAUUCACGGCGUCGAGAUCCACCAUUGCAUAAUACUAAUAUCGUACGCCGAACCCUUUCAACAAGAACAGUAGAUGAUUUACCUCAGGACUCGUUAGGAAGUUCUUAUUCCACGUGGACCAUGGAAAAUUUGAGACAACGAUCACCUGCUAGAAUUGUAGAACCUUCAAGGCGCUACUCUCUACAAAGAGAUGAUGAGAAACUACAGAGAAGACCAACAAACCUUUCAUUUGAGAACCCAAGAUCAGUGAGCUCUGUAGCCAAAGAUGUUCUCAAUGCUUCAGGUUCUGUCAGUACUGCAACUUUUAGGACUAAUUCUCUAUUGCUUCCUACGUCUGCAAAGCCUGUGGCGCCUAUUGUUCCACGACAUCUUCCGCCAAGUGGCAUUGCGCACAAAACUCUCUAUCCAGGUGACGAACUUCAAAGCAUAGAUGGGUUCUUGCAGUCUCUAGGAUUGGGAAAAUUUUCCAUUCUUUUUAAGGCCGAGGAAGUUGAUAUGACUGCCUUGAAGCAAAUGGGGGAGAAUGACCUCAAAGAGCUCGGAAUACCUAUGGGACCUAGAAAGAAAAUUCUUCUUGCAAUUGCUCCACAUUCCAAGCGACAACCUUGACGACGAUAGAGCACCUCUUGCAUUGGCUGGUUUAGUUCUGCCCCUUAUAUCUCAAAGACCCGAGACUCGAUACUGUAUGUUCUUUAGAUGUUUAGUGCUAAGUGAGUGGUUUUUGGAUCUGUCCUAUCUUUGUUCUAAUAUUGUUGGGGGGUACAACUUUAGUUUUCACUCCCCAUCCUAAACAUUGUUGCGAAGUCAAAACUCACUAAACAUGUUUGUUUACUACAAUCGAUAGUCUCGAUAGUCUCUGUUCGCAUUCGUAUAUGAUAAAGCCUGGCUUAGCAACGUUCAAGAGAGAUUUGUAUAUUUCCAAAUGCUUAAUUUCCUCAGUCUCUUCAAUUUUAGCAAGGAUUCAGGUAGCCUGAUGGGAGCAAAGACUUGGGAUCAUUGGGUCUUUGCAGAAGAAGAUUGUGGCCUGGGUUUGGAUCAUCGCCAAUAUCUCAUGCACAGGAUUUGUUGUUUUAAUCUCUCUUUUGCCUAAUAGGUUAUGUGAUUUCAUGUGCUUUAUCAACUGUUUUGGGCUUAUACAAAGCACUCUACCUUUCCCUA